AUCGUAAUGCAACACCACCCAUUUAUAUGGGUGCAUCCGGUUUGUUUACAUUUUCGUCUCUUCGCGUUAUAAGUGUUGUAAAAUUUGACUCUUGAAUAAUUAUAAUAAUUUGGCGUUAUGGCAGCCGAAUUUCUAGCUGAGAAUAACGUCUGCGGGCAAACUAUUUUGCAAAUAGUGGCCGAAGGAAAUACAAUCAUCUGUGAGCUGUUGCGACUGAAGGAGUUUAUACCGGAAGUAUUUUGUUUGAAAACAAAAGAUGAACAACAAAAAUACGGUGAAAUCCUUAUGGAUUUCAGCUAUUUUCAAAUAUCUGAUGUUCAGGAUCAGAAAAUUGAGGCAGACGAAAAGUUACAAGCUUUUGAUGAGGAAAUUCGUGAAAAUUAUCUGGUCAUAUUGAAUCGAUUUUAUAUUGUUUUUGAAAGUAUUCACAAAUACAUCAAAGAUUUGAAUACCUUUAUCGAAGAGUUGAAUUCCGGGAUGUUUAUCCAGCAAUCUACUGAAAAAGUCUUUCAAGAUGAAGAAGGCAAACAGUUGAUGUGCGAAGCUUUGUAUCUUUACGGUGUUAUGUUGAUGGUCGUCGAUCUCCAGAUCCCAGGUCUGGUACGGGAACGUUUGUUGGUGGCCUACCAUAGGUACAGUGCGCUUAAAACCGAUGGGGACAGUAGUAUCGAUGAAGUUUGCAAAUUGCUGCGUUCCACGGGAUUCAACGAUGGAAAUAGUGCUAGGAAAAUAAGCAAUUAUCCAGAAGAGUACUUCUGCCGAAUACCUGUUAAUCAGCAUUAUGUUGAGAUGGUUAUCGGACGCUUGCGCUCGGAUGAUGUGUACAAUCAAAUUUCGGUGUAUCCUCUUCCUGAGCAUCGCUCAACAGCUUUGGCUAACCAAGCCGGAAUGCUUUAUGUGUGUCUGUUCUUUUCGACCAACACCUUGCACAACCAGGCGGCGAGAAUGCGUGAGAUUGUUGACAAAUUCUUUUCGGACAACUGGAUAGUUUCAUUCUACAUGGGCAUUACGGUUAACCUUCUGAAUGCUUGGGAUCCGUUCAAGGCUGCAAAAACUGCAUUGCUAAACACUUUCGACAGUGGAAACUUGAAGGAAAUUUGUAGCAAACAGAAACGCUCGAUGGACACAUUACUUACUAAAACUAGAAACAUCCUGAAGGAGGGUAAUCUAACAGAACAGAAGCUUCUUGACAACAUUCCAAAGGUAACGGCAUUGAUAAGAGAGUGCAACAUUACUGUUCGAUGGGUUAUGUUGCACACAGGACAACCGAUGAUUGAUAUGGGGAGUGUGGCUUCGACGAAAAAAUGUCUCCAGGUGAAGGAACUUAUCGAAAGUGAAAUCGAUUUCAAAGGGAUUGAAUUCUUUGAACUAUUGCUGAAUACGGCUCAGCUCGAAGUCAAGAUAAGAGAUAUUUUAAAAACAUUGCUAGACGAGCGUUUACAGCGAUGGGAUCAUUUCAAGAAAGAAGCAUGUGAACGAAUUCAGGAUUUGGCGGAUGCUUAUUCUGGUGAACGACCGUUUGGUAAGAUGAAGAUAAACGAAAGCUUAAGCAAAUGGUUCCGUAAUAUACGAAGCGAAAUAGACAAGCUAAGCAAUGAAGGUUCCAACUUGAGCAUGUCCGGUCGCACUAUAAUCCAGUUGAUUCAAGCGUUAGAGGAAGUGCAGGAUUUCCAUGACUUGAAUAAAAAUAUGCAAGUAAAACAGAAUAUGGUAGAAACACGGCAAUAUCUUCAUCAGAUGUUUUAUACUAUAAGUAUCAAGGAGGAUGAUCUGAUAAAUCUUCAGUUGAUAGGAGAUUUCAGUUAUGCAUGGAAGUUGAUCGAUAGCUACACACCAAUGAUGCAGGAAAACAUAAAAAAGCAACCGAAUUUAGUUAUCAAACUGCGUUCGACCUUUCUAAAGCUGGCUUCCGCACUGGAGAUUCCGUUAUUGCGCUUGAACCAAGCCGAAAGCGAAGACCUGAUUGACGUAUCCAAGUAUUACAGCAACGAACUAGCCAAUUUUGUGAGAAAGGUUGUACAGAUCAUUCCAGAAACGAUGUUCAUAAUUUUGGCAAAAAUAAUAGAUAUGCAAACAAAUGUCAUCAAGCAAAUUCCCAUGCGAUUGGAAAAAGAAAAAAUGAAGGAAUAUGCUCAGUUAGAAGAACGUUUUGAGAUUGCUAAACUCACGUAUUCUGUGUCAACGUUUACCGAAGGAAUUCUCGCUAUGAAGACUACUUUGGUUGGAGUCGUUGAACUUGACCCCAAACAGCUACUGGAAGAUGGCAUUCGCAAGGAAUUAGUCAAAAAUGUAUCUGAUGCAUUUCACAGCAACCUGACGUUUAAUCCUAAGACAAAGGAAUCCGAACUGGACAUUAAGUUAGCUACGUUACACAAAAUCAUUGAUGGGUACAAACGAUCUUUUGAGUACGUUCAGGACUAUCUCAACAUACAUUGUUUGAGAAUUUGGAAUGAAGAAAUGCAACGAAUAAUCAACUAUAAUGUGCAACGAGAGUACAAUCCUUUUAUCCGGAACAAAGUUAUGGAUUGGGAAUCGGAAUUUCAGAGCGCCACAAUUCCCAUUCCGAAUUAUGAACCUGUAGAUAUGUCAUCGGUGACUUUUAUCGGUAGAUUGGCAAGGGAAAUUUUACGAAUUACCGAUCCCAAAACAACCAUCUACAUCGAAAUUUGCAAUACCUGGUAUGAACCGAAAACUCACAAGAGUAUCAUUACAAAUAAAUUUACCAGCCGGAUAAACGAUACCUUCGGCCCUCCGGCAUUGGUUGGCAUCGACAAAUUAUAUUCAUUCAUGGUGACGGCAGAGUUGGAAAACUAUCUUUUUACAAUACAACGUAAACUACAACACGAGCCAACGUGGUCGGAUGCAUUAGGCAAUGUUGAGACGGAACUACAAAAAUUAGACUUCCAGGAGAAUCCUAUCAAAAGCUAUGCCAGUCUUGUAACAACGUUCACAAAAAUUUGGCCUACCCUUUUGGACUGGAUUCUAAAAAUAGGCCAAAAACAAAUCCUAAGGGUACACAUUGCUUUCGAGUUGAAUUGCAGUUGCAAACUAAAGUCCACCAAAUUAGAAUCUUCACUGCGAGCUCUGAACGAUGCCAUAUUGAUGGAUGUCGCCCGUCACUCGAUGGAUGCCAGCAAACCUCUACCGAGUGCUGAUAUAAUUUUCGAACUAAAUCGAUACCUCGAAUAUGCCGGAUUGCAGAAUCCUUUUCGAAAAAAAUACAUCAACACAAAGAGUCCACGUUUUCUAGCUCUAUUAUCGUUCCUGUUUGUUAUAGCCCAUCUUCCUAGACUACAGUAUAUGAAGAAUGUAGACAGCUUGAUUGCGAAAAAGAAAAACGAUGCCAUCGACGGGUUUCCUGCUAUCAUUGGGCUUCUGACAAUCUUACGACAGUUUCAAACGGGUGAAUUGGAUUUAUUCAUCCAGUAUCUAUGUCAAUACGCUAUAUCUUUGAUCGACGUUAAUUUAAAAGCCAAGCAAGAAAUUUGCAUUGAAGCCAUGAUGGCAAUGCGUUUCCUGGAAACGUUUACGCGAGUCGCCGAGAUAUCGCGCCAACAACUCGAACAGUACAUUCCCGAUCCGAUACUGAAUCAGUACGAAUUCUUGUCCAGCGGAAGGUCUUGACAUGGUCAGGUUUGGCGUUGUCUAAGCAGUUGAUAAUUGAAACGAAGUUAUAUUGCAUGAUCUAUGUUUUAAAUAAAAGUUUUAAACAACUUA